GGCAGACUGGGCGGCGGCGGCGCGGGUGUCGGAGCGGCUUCGGGCAGCGGCCGUGCGGGCCGGGCCGCAUCUCCUGCACCAUGGCAUCUAACUAUCGACCAAGUACCAGUCAGCGGAAGAAGCCUAACGUAAAGGUCGAACUGACUGAGGAACAGAAACAAGAAAUCAAGGAGGCCUUCGACUUGUUUGAUGUCGAUGGGUCUGGAAGCAUUGACGUGAAGGAAUUAAAGAUUGCAAUGCGUGCAUUAGGCUUUGAGCCAAAGAAAGAAGAAAUUAAAAAAAUGAUUGCGGAGAUUGACAAAGAAGGAUUUGGCACCAUUAACUUUGAAGACUUUUUUGCCAUGAUGAGUGUGAAAAUGAGUGAAAAGGAUGAAAAAGAAGAAAUUUUGAAGGCCUUCAAAUUAUUUGAUGAUGAUUGUACAGGAAGUAUCACCCUCAAAAAUAUUAAGAGGGUUGCUAAAGAAUUGGGAGAAAAUUUAUCAGAUGAUGAACUUCAGGAAAUGCUGGACGAAGCUGAUCGUGAUGGAGACGGAGAAAUAAGCGAGCAAGAGUUUUUGAGGAUGAUGAAAAAAACCACUCUCUAUUAGUGCUAAUGCUUUUGUGACUGUGUCCAGAGGGUUCUCACUCUUUGUUGUUCUGUAAUUUAAUCCCUACGUGUUGACCGUCUCAGCUUGUGGGUUUCACCUUGGUGGCCACUGCUGGGGGCUCGAGAAGACUGGCUUCCAGGAACUCGACCGCACUCUAAGAGGCAGGAUUCAGUAAUUGCAAAGCCUAGCUUGCAGACCCCGGGUUAAAGACACACGACUUUCUUUCUUCCCUUUCCUCAUUGCUCCGAUCCAGGGCUGUAAAUGCUAACAGGCCAGAAAAGAUUUCCCACCAAAAUUCCCCGAGGAAUACAUGAACUUCCGCUUCUCUUUCUUUGCAUAAAUGUCAAAGUAGACAGUGAGCUUUUUGUUGUCAUUAAAAAUAGUUGUUUGUUUGUAAAGAGUGUGAAAUAAAACUAUACUGCAAGGAUACUCUUA